AUGACCAAUGAUGCUCGAGUGCCUCAGCUGGCUACCGUCAGUCAAAUGGUGAUGGUGCAUAUUGAUUGUCAUCAGAAUGCUAUUCGUAGAAGUGGAGGAGGACGAAAUGUUGAUGAAUGGUCUAAGGCUUCUCUGCAUAAUGCUGGUGCCAAGUGCAAUGCACUAACCCCGAUAGCAACUGGAACUGCGAGUGAAGCUGAUUGGGCUCUUGCUGUGAACAGGUACCAAGCUGAUCUCGAAGUGGCCGCCCCUGUACCCCCGCUCUGUCGUGCGAUUGUAUUUGUCGAUAUCUGUGAACUGAUCGAUAAAUUCGUGUACUUCAGGUAUUACGUGCUGCUCUUGCUGACUACACAACUGAAGGCCAUGCGAAUACGCUGGAUGCGCUUCGAGUCCGUGUCUGCUGACUUGGGCCGUUCGGUCGAUCGAUUAUUUCCGCGACGUGAUACCGGGAUUGACUCCGAAGACCGCUUGGAAUGGCUACAAAGCCACAUCCUGGAAACCUUACGAAAGACUUCUGCGUUUGUGAAGAAAUUCGACGAAGAGAUUGCAACGCUGGGCUCUCCUGAGGUGUUUGCAGAGGCGACGGAUGUCUCGUUGGAUCAAAUUGGACCACAUUUCGCCGCCACAACAGAUGCAAGCGUGUAA